AGGAAGUAGCACAGAAUGGCAACAUUAGACGACAUAGAUUUGUACGGAGAUGGCCUAGCUACUGAGCUUAAUGUGUCACAGUCUGUCAGUACACCCGUGGUGUCAUCUCCGUAUAUCAAGCCAGAACCAACACCCCAGAUAAAGCUAGAACCAACCACAAUGGUCACCCCAGCUCCUCUCCCUUUUCCUCCUCCAACCGCCAUUACAGUCAAGUCUCUCGCUCCGCCAGUUUCUCUAGUUUCGUUAAUACAAGAAAGUUAUGCCUGCCAUGAAGCAACCGGCGAUUCUAAUGAUCAAUUUUUAUUGUAUUAUAAUUUAUUUGAACUGUAUAAUUAUUGUAUAUUAUGUACGUUUUCCGUUCUCACUUCUUGAUGUUUUAUAUUAUAAUUGAUUAAUAUUGUAAUCCAUUUUUAUGGAGAUUGUACUAUUGUUGAAUGCAUUUUUUUAGUUACUUUCUUGGUGGUUUCCCACGAGCAAAUUUGUUUGAUAAUUGAUUGUGUAAUUUGAAUGAAUAUUUUUAUUCAAGUCUCCUUUUACCUGGAAAAUUUAGAACGGAUAUAAAUUACCCUAAAUUAUCAUUCAUCAUAAUUUAAAACAGUCUUUCCUGCUUCAGUCAUUUUCACUCAUUUAGGAUUUUCCGAUAAAUUCGCAUUAUGAUUUGAGCGUUAGAGAUAACAUACUAGCAUUUUAAAGCUUUUUGAAAGACAACCCAACAUAUUAUAAUACAACUUUUAUGGUUUUACUUCAUUGUUUACAAUUACAAGCUUGGAAUAAGCAAGCUUUUUUUUUGUUGAUCAACUAAAAUUUGAAUUUAAAACUCAAAUAAUUGUUCAGUCCAAUGUUUGAGUAGAGUUGUUGUAAACAGCAUUUAAACGAAAAUAUUUGACAAAUUUCUUUCUUAAGUAUAUGCCAUAAGCAUCGUUUAAUCGCAUGAUCUUUAAUUCAUUUACGUGAUUUAACUAUUUUACGAUUUAAGAUUGACAUUGUGAUUGUUUUAAGAAAUAUAAUGUAUUUAAUAUCAUGUGUAAAUUGGCAUUGUUUUAAUCAUUGAAAUUGAAUACAAGUUCUGGAUUUUUAAAUUUGAGUUUAAGGUAUGGCGAAAGUAUCAUAUUAUAAUUGUUUUCAGCAAAUUUGUGUACUCUCGAGCAUUGAGUUUUGUAAACUGUAAUAAAAUGAAUUGGUUGGUAGCUAAUAAAUAGUAGGUUUCUAUCUUGAUUUUUCAAAUGAAAAUUAUUGAAAUAUCGUUUCGGCAAAUCUAGCCUAAUGUGUUAUAUUUUACUUUCUGGAAAUCUCAAAAUGAGUAAAGUCUGUUAAUGUGUAACGGGUGUAUUAUUUUCCACUUGAAAUGAUUAUUUUUGUCGAUUUCUUUCCUGUUGCUCUUUAAGAGAAUUUCAAAUAAUUUAUAGAAUUUUUGCUUUCUUUUGGAAUGUAAUAUUUAAUGUUAUGAUAGUUGCAAUUUAAGUUGUUUUCAAUACUUUAUUUUUCUAGAUACUCAUAUAAUUUACUCAGUUAUUUUUUAAAUUUAAUGUUGUCACAAUUUUCUUAGUUCAUUUUUCACGAUAUAACGUUGGUAACGUUUUAAAAAUUAAGUUUAACAAGAAAAUAGAUAAUUCACGUAUAUGUACAAUUUUAUCGUCAAGGGUUUUCAAAAAGUUUCGCUUUUGUUUCCGUGAGAGAUUUUUUAAUGUGAGAUAAAUGUAUGGAAUGUACUGUGAUAUUGUGAGAAUUUUAAGAACGAAACACUGGCGAAACACGCUGUGAAUGCAAGAACCCGUUCCGAUGCCAUCUACUCCUGCUAUCCCUAUUGCUGGGAUGCCUGGAGUGACUUACGUUACUCAAGACACGUUCGCUCAGCAGAACAGACAUCAGUACAUUGACCCAAAUGACCCUAAAUCGAGGACUGUGUACGUUGGAAAUUUGACCUGGUGGACUACCGACCAGGAUCUGAUCCACGCAUGUGCUAGUCUGAACGUACGUGACGUUUCUAACAUCAAGUUUUACGAGAAUCGGACCAACGGCCAGAGCAAGGGUUAUUGCGCUAUUGAUGUAGGAAGUUUGAACAGUGCUAAAACUCUCAUGCAUGAACUCAGGAACGUGACGAUUCACAAUGAACAUCCAUACGUGGCAAUAGCUUCAAAAACUCCUCUCUAUUACUUUGAAACUGCAUUAGGAAUUAAGAACGACGACAAGAACAAAAAAGUUGGUUUCGAUCCAGCAGUACCGCCAUCAAUGCCCGCGAUGCCACCCAGAAUGCCACCACUACCGCUUCCUGGAAUGCCAGGUCUACCUCCCCCUGGAAUGCCACCUCCGGGAAUGCCUCGUAUGCCACCACCAGGAUGCCCUCUUCCUCCUCCCAUGCCUCUCCCCAACCCCCACAUGGGUAUUACUCCCAUGUUACCUCCUCCUCCUAAUCUAGCCAGACCUCCACCCAUGGCUCUACCUCGACCGAUGAUGCCAACGAUGCCCUUCGCACCCCUCUCGGUCCCCGUGAGUCAGAUCGCCCCUCCACCCGUUAGUAUCAGCGCUGCUCACGUUAACCCUGCGUUCCUGCCUGCUGUUGCCAAGCCAGAGGACUUGAUGAGUGAGCAAGAGAAAGAAGACAUGAUUGACAAGAACCACCAAGUGUGCAAGACAGCAAUCCUCCGUGCAUACGAAAGCUGCGACGCCAGGGACUACGACCAAGCGGAGGGUACUGUGGCGGCAGCACUAAAGAUCAUCAAGAUGAGUGCUGUGUCAGACGAUUCCAAGAGCAAAGCAUUCAUUUCAGAUCUUGAAGAAUGUUUGGCGUACGUUCAGAAAAGACAGAAGAAAUCUAAGCAAUCAGGGAGGUCUGGUUCGCAUCGGAGGACCGAGCGGACAUCGGAGAAGAAAGCGGAGAGAUCCUCAGAUCGGCGUAGAACUAGAUCACGAUCCCAGGAAGAAAAUAGAGACCGGAAAAGAGACAAACGUUCAGAUAGAUCAGACAACACCAGAUCUGAAAAUUCCAGAUCCGACAACACCAGAUCUGAAAAUUCCAGAUCUGACAACACCAGAUCUGAAAAUUCCAGAUCUGACAACACCAGAUCUGAAAAUUCCAGAUCUGACAACUCCAGGUCUUACAACGACCGUUCUAAAGACUACGAAGACUACAAAGAACUGAGAAGGCGCGAACUGAUCUGACACUCCCCAACUUGAAUUCCUCAUACUCCGUUCCUCCUGAAUAAAACUCGGCAAUUUUCUCCAGUUUAUUGUGUUAUUUAUCCGUGUUUUAAGGGUGGUAGCUUGGACAUGGUUCAUUUGUUCUACAGUUUCAGUCACUUUUUCGGAGACCGAAUUAUGUCUAAAUAUUGUUGGUAUAUGUUUUAAAAGGGCAAACAAUGCUUAAACAAUGUGUUUCUAUUAUUAUAAUCAUUUGCUUUUAAGGCAUUGGACCGUUUUAUUCUUUUAUUGGUAGCAUUGCAUGCGAGUUGCAUUAAUCGCAUUGUUAAUGAAUCGGGACGAUUUGAUAUUGUAGUGGUUGUUAAUCUUUGGUACGCGGUCUUACAGAUAAGCUAUAAAUUAUUUUUUUUCGAUUUUCUGCUUAAAA